AUGAAGUUGGUCUCUCUUCUCCCGAUUCUCUUCUUGAUCGGAGGAAUUGCGGCGAAGACCAAUUUCAAGGCCAACGGUACAUUCACCUGUGACUACAACGCAUGGUGCUUUUUUGUCACUCUCUGGGAAGAGGACAUCACCGAAUCUUGGAACGAUGUAAUCGACAGAAUGGGAACCAAAUGCGUAUUCGGACGGCACUCCUGGGACUACAAGCUUGAUGGAAAUGAGUACGAGGAUGGACCUUUCGGAGAUAAAUUCUACGAAGUCUUUCUCUCCGUGCGCCACAACUGUACGAGCUAUGGGAUUCGUGAAGUGAGAAGUGACACCACAUUCGAAAGUGUGGAUACUGCUGUCUCCUAUAUCACCUGGGACAAAGAUUUGGCUGGAGAUACUGGAACACCAUAUAAGGAAUUCGUCUGA